UUCAUUCAUUCCAUCCUUCCUUCCUCUCUCCCCUUUCUUUCCCUUUCCCAAUUUUCUCUCUCUAAGACAAUUCAAACAAAUCCAUGGCGGAAGAGACUCAAGCACCGGCUGCCACUUCCACACCGGCAGCGACGACGGAGGAGGUCGUGGUGGUAGAGAAGCCGGUGACUGAAUCGCCGGCUCCAGUUCCCGAGCCGGAGGUGGAGGAGAAGAAGGCCGAGGAGCCCAAGGAGAAGGAGGAGGUCGUUGCCGUGGAGGAGCAACCGAAGGAGGCGGAGGAAGCUGCUGCUCCGGCCGCCGCAGAGGAGCCUGAGCUGAAAAUUGCGCAGUCGGUUUCGUUCAAGGAGGAGUCCAACGACGUCUCCGAGCUUCCUGAAGCUCAGAAGAAGGCUCUGGAGGAGCUCAAGCAGCUCAUCCAGGAGGCUCUGAAUAAGCACGAGUUCACCGCUCCGCCGCCGGCCCCGCCGGCGAAGGAGGAAGAGAAGAAGGAAGAAGAAGCAGAGAAGGUUGUUGAGAUCAAGGAGGAGGCGGCGGAGAAAACCGCUGAAGAAGCUCCGAUAACUGAAGAGAAGAAGGAGGAGGCUCCAGCAGUUGAAGCAACUCCGGCCGCCGAGGCUCCGGCAGCGGAAGCAGCUCCAGCCGCCGCGGUGGAGGAGGUGAAGAAGGAAGAGGAAGUGGAAGUCAAAAUUGAAGAUAAGAAAGAGGAUGUGAAGGAAGAGGCCACCACCACAACCGUCGCCGACGUCAUCGCCGCUCCAGCCGUCGAUGAAGACGGAGCGAAAACCGUUGAGGCGAUCGAGGAGACAAUCGUCGCCGUUGCCUCCACCGAUCCACCAGCUGCUGAAUCAGCUCCAGACGCCUCAUCCUCCACCAAACCAGAGGAGACCAAAACAGAGGAGCCGAAAACAGAGGAGGAAGCCGCCGCCCCCGCCGCUCCACCUCCGCCGCCGGAGGAGGUCUUCAUCUACGGGAUCCCGCUCCUCGGCGACGACCGCAGCGACGUCAUCCUCCUGAAAUUCCUCCGAGCUAGGGAUUUCAAAGUGAAGGACGCCUUCACCAUGAUCAAGAACACCGUCCGCUGGAGGAAAGAAUUCGGAAUCGAUUCCCUCCUGGAAGAAGACCUCGGAAACGAGCUGGAGAAAGUCGUCUUCACCAAAGGAGUCGACAAGGAAGGUCAUUCCGUCUGCUACAACGUCUACGGCGGGUUCCAGGACAAAGAGCUCUACCAGAAUUGCUUCGGCGACGACGAGAAGAGCAAGAAAUUCCUCCGAUGGAGGAUCCAAUUCCUCGAGAAGAGCAUCCGGAACCUCGAUUUCAGCCCCACCGGAAUCUGCACCAUCGUUCAGAUCAACGAUCUGAAGAAUUCCCCUGGGCCUCUCAAGCGCGAGCUCCGUCAAGCUACCAAUCAAGCCCUAACAAUCCUCCAGGACAACUACCCCGAGUUCGUCGCCAGACAGGUGUUCAUCAACGUCCCGUGGUGGUACCUAGCGUUCAACAAGAUGAUCAGCCCAUUUCUGACUCAGAGAACCAAGAGCAAGUUUGUGUUUGCUGGACCGUCCAAAUCUGCUGAGACUCUAUUCAAGUACAUAGCCCCAGAGCAAGUGCCUGUUCAGUACGGCGGGCUGAGCAAAGACGGGGACCAUGAAUUCACUACCUCUGAUGCUGUGACUGAGAUUGUAAUCAAGCCUGCCGCCAAGCACACUAUUGAACUCCCUGCCACCGAGAGUUGCACAUUGGUGUGGGAGCUGAGGGUGUUGGGAUGGGAGGUGAGCUACGGGGCGGAGUUCUCGCCGAGCGUGGAGAAUGGAUACACGGUGAUCGUGUCGAAGAACAGGAAGCUCGGGCCGACGGACGAGGCGGUGAUCUACGACAGUUUCAAGGCAGGGGAAGCGGGGAAAGUUGUGAUCACCAUUGAUAACCAGAGUGGCAAGAAGAAGAAGCUGCUCUACAGGACUAAGACCAAGCCCGUUUCUUCAUAAGGUGGUGGUUGUUCUUAUUUGUUUUCUUUCUUUCGGACCAAGAUACAGAGGGAGGUGGGGUUUCCAAAUUUUUUUUUUGUUGUUGUUGUGGUGGUGGUGAUUAUUCAUUUUUAUUUGUGGCAUUUCUGUUGGGAUCUGAUGAUAUUUAUAGUUGGGGGGAGAAGGGGGUUUUUUGGAGUUGGAUUCAACUUCAAGAAAAAGAUGAAUUUAUGGCUGAUGGAUGUUAUAUAUGAAUACUUGAUGUGAGAUCUUGUGACGAUGGCCGAUGGGGAGGUUUGCUUUGAAAAUUUAUUUUUUACCUUUUGAUAAUUUAAUCUGGCUGUAAAAUUUGGUUCCAGCGAUCCAUUUUGUGUAUAGUUCCAGUCUUCUUUCAUGUUAUUCAAUGAAGUUUUACUUCAAACAUUUAGAUUGUUCUAUGACACAUGGUAGAGUUCGAUUGUGCCGUAAUAUU